AUGGCGAGUGGCAGCGGCGCCGGGUCGUCGGCGACCCGCGGCGGCGAAUCUGAAUGCGCCCGCCUCCCUCGGUCUCCGCCAUGGCGAGUGGCAGCGGCGGCCGGGUCGUCGGCGACCGCGGCGGCGAAUCUGAAUGCGGUGAGGGAGACCAUGGAUGUUCUGCUUGAGAUUUCAAGAAUUUUGAAUACUGGCUUAGAUAUGGAAACACUGUCUAUUUGUGUACGGCUUUGUGAACAAGGAAUUAAUCCAGAAGCUUUAUCAUCUGUUAUUAAGGAACUCCGCAAGGCUACUGAAGCACUAAAGGCUGCUGAAAAUAUGACAAGCUGACUUUCUGGAGAGAUCCUGAUGAGAUAUGUCAAAUUCCUCAAGAGGAUUUGAAGAUUGCAUUUUAGUCAAGAAUGUACAGUGAAAUUACUGCAUGCAGCAGUGUAGAAAAAUUUUCCUUUUAAAAAGAAUUAUAAAACCAUAGCUUUAUAAAUCAGUGGAAAGUGGCUUACAGAGAGAACUAUCAAAUGUGUUUGCAUCGAAUCUUUUUUUUUUUAAUGCCCCUAAUGUUUUGGCAUUGCUAUGUUUAUAUUUAUGUAUUCCUUAUUUAUAGCUCUGAUAGCUUUAAUUUUCUAAGCAGUCUGUCUAUCAGAUGUGCACAUCUGCUGUGCCUGGUGGAAGUAUAGUGGAACCCAUCAGUAUUGAUGUGUCAUAGUUAUGACUUGUUGACAUUUCCAUUAUAAACUUUAAUUUUGAA